CCGUCCUUCCUGUUGUGGGUGUGGACGCCAGUAAUGGAGGAGCAGCGUCAGUAAAUCGGCUUCUUCUAAGUUAGUAAAGCAGUUUAAAGUGUGCUGAACGGUGUCGCCGUGUAGCUGGGAUGCUGUGUCAGGAUGGGAAACCUGUUUGGAAAAAAGAAACAGAGCCGAGUGACGGAACAAGACAAAGCUAUUCUGCAACUGAAGCAGCAGAGAGAUAAACUGCGGCAGUAUCAGAAGAGGAUCAACCUGCAGCUGGAGAAGGAGAGACUUUUGGCCAAACAGCUGCUGAAAAAUGGCAAAAAAGAGAAAGCGCUCCUCCUGCUGAAAAAGAAACGCUACCAGGAUCAACUUCUGGACAAGACGGAGAACCAGAUCGGUAACCUGGAGCGGAUGGUUCAGGACCUGGAGUUCGCCCAGAUUGAGGCAAAGGUCAUUCAAGGGUUGAAAGUUGGAAAUGAGUGUCUGAAGAAAAUGCACGAGGUGAUGUCUAUUGAAGAAGUAGAACGGAUUAUGGAUGAAACUCAAGACGCCAUCGAGUACCAGAGGCAAAUAGACGAGAUGCUGGCGGGCUCUUUAUCACAGGAAGAUGAAGACGCUGUCCUGGCUGAGCUUGAGGCCAUAACUCAGGGAGACGUCGAGCUUCCUGACGUUCCUGCAGACGAGCUUCCAGAAGUCCCAGAGGCCACAGAGAAGGAAGCAGAGAGGGAUCGUCCCAGGAAGAAGCCGGAGCGGGAGAUGCUCGCUGCAUAGGAGCAAGACUGACCUCCAUCAGCUGACCUGCUGGAACUUCUCCACCACACUCCAGUCCAACAUUAACCUGCAACCACACAAACAUCUGCUGGAGGACUCUCUCUCCUGCAGACGCCUGCGGUGAAGUGACCGCAGCCUCCGUCAGAUCCUCCACACUGUCCGGCCACCGUCUGUCCCUGAAGGCAGUAGUGGCUGGGACUGGUUCAGUGGAGGGACGCUGAUGGGAACCAUGAAGACCUGUGAGAUCAGAUAACUGUGCCUAACCCACCACCAAAUCAUUGUACUCACACUGACUUCACUUUAAUGCAUGUAUGUGUUACUCACUGAUCAUCUGUCAGAGUCCAUCCUGCUGCCGAUGGACGUGUCAUUUAAAGUCUGUAAAGGGUUGAUUCACCCAAAUAUUAAUCCUCUCGCAUUGAUUUUAUCUGGUCAUGUUUUGGUUUUAUUUGUCCAGGUUUUUUUCCUCCUGAGGUGAGUGGAACUUCAUUUGUGACGCUCGAGGAAUUAAAACAUUUUAAAGAAAACUCUGCAGCGACGUGUCUGUCCAGAAAACAAAUGACACAGUUUCUCCGCAGACUGAGCUGUCAGCAGAUUUUAUUGGUCGGUCCCUCCAGGAUUUCACAACAAAUUCAGCCAAUCCCUGUGAACUCUGUGACAUCACUUUUUUUUUUAUCGCAACUUUAGUGCAAAUUUGACUUUUUAAAACAGAUCAAGCACAGUCUGGCACCACAGAGCUGCUACGAAGUCCGUUCUUUACACUGUGUUUACAUAUUUACACAGAACCAAAGGACGUCAGCAUCAUGUCGCUGCAGUGUGUGAUUACAGACAGCAUGAUGACAUCACAGAAUCAAAAGAGACGUGACACGAAACAGCGUCAUCCUCUAGUGUGACAUAUAACAUUCGUGUCAGCGGCUCUUUAUAAACAAUGACAAUGACAUCACAUGUAAAUAACAAACAUUUAGCAUCUCUGUUAUGUGGCGGCUGAUCUCGGAGGGUGAGGAGCUCCUGGACCUCACUGUGUUCACUGUUUGUGGACAUUUUCUGUUCUUCUUCUUUGAGUUAGCUGCUAACUGCUACUUUUUAAAUCUCCCACGGUGGGUUUGCACAUGUAACAUGUUGUCAGACAUCACACCUGUCCUGCCCAUGAUCCCGUCCUGCUAGCUUCGGUGCUGUUAGUACCUCUGCUCCCGGCAGAGACAACUCUGUCCGCUCAUUCAGUGAUCGUACCUUUUAUACAGAACGUUGAGGCUGAAUAAUGAUGUGAUUUUCCCACCUUGAACAGGCAGUGUAAAAGGGUCUAAUGACAGGGCUAACUGUUAGCAUCACACAGCUAACAUAACCCAGCAGUUAAAAAGAGAUUUAAUGACAGAUUCGAGACAAUUCGGUGUCGGUGAGAUUAACAGCAACAAUCCAAAAACUUCCACAGAAUCUUGGAGGGACUGUGACGGCCCCGAGAUGUCCUCUGAGCUGGGUAACUACAGGACAGAUCGGGGCCGCUGUCUACCAAAGAAAUAAUCAGAGAAAAACAUCUGGAACUAAACUGUUUGUCUCCUGCUUCAUUCAUAUCUGCUCUGUAAAUCACACGCUGAGAAAAAAUCCAAAUAGAGAGAAAUUUCUAUUUCAUAUUUUUUGGCCUAGUGGUGGUGCCCCCUGUCUUUACACUCAUUCAUCACAGUACUGUCAGUUAUCAGUGUGUGUGGACAGAGGUCUGUACUCAGAUUACUUUAUUUCUUGCUUUUAAUAAAAACAAAACCUGACAUUAUUUUUUACUGCAACAAGAACUGACUGAAUGAGAUUCCACAGGGCUGGGCAGGAUAUGAAUAUUAUAUGGAUAAUAUGGUGAGUGUUUCUGGUUUUAAAGGCUGCUUUACAGUAAAGUGUUUUCUGUUGUAG